CAAACCUCCUCCCAUUGAAGACUCCCGUAUGGGAUUGAGAUAGUGAUGAAUAUCUAUACGAAAGGAUCAGCAAAGUAGCCUUCUUCUUCUUCUUUAUAAAACAGAGAUUAAACUCAACGCGACUCCAAUUAAGCUCCUUCCCAGCUGCUUCGUCUUGCAACAAACUACAUGAGAGCCCUUAUCCGUGUUUACGUAGUACCUACCUCCUACCUAGACACUCAAUACCAUCAUGGAUGAACCUCGCGGCGAAGACGCGCCUUCGCGCGGCGGGUGCAGAAGAGGCCGGAUCCAAGUUCGGGCAACCCCACAUCGUCCAACCCCAAUCGAAGCACACCCAUACUGCCAUCGUGCUCCACGGCCGUGGCAGCGACGCCGAGGAGUUCGCCGACGACUUUUUCGAGCCCAACCUGUCCGACGGCGCUAAACUAUGCGACAAGCUACCCGGCUGGCGCUGGGUAUUCCCCUCUUCGAAAAAACGGUGGAGCACUGCUUUCCAAGAAUAUAUGCCGGCCUGGUUUGAGGCGCAUUCUUUAACGGACCCUACCGCGCGGCAAAACCUUCAGGUUAAGGGGCUCUUGGAAUCCGUCGACCACAUUUCCUAUACGAUUAAAAAGGAGACCGAGAGGCUCGGCGGAGAUUCUCGGAAGCUAGUACUCGGGGGCAUCAGCCAGGGGGCUGCGGUAGGGAUGUGGACGCUGCUCUCCGGACGGGGCUUGGAAAACAGGAGCCUGGGUGGCUUUUUUGCAGCCAGCACUUGGCUGCCGUUUGCGGCCGAUGUCAAGGAUCUGUUUGUGCGUAACGAGGUGGCACCGGCGCCUGGAAGCUUAGAGCCCAGGGACGCGGUGCUCGCUAUGAUACCACCCGUUGACAAGCCUGCCCCCUCCACAACGCGGGAGCAGCCCCCAGUCUUCCUUGGUCACGGGGUCGACGACGCCUACGUAGAUGUGGAGCUCGGCCGUCAGGCAGCUGAUGUCCUGGCUCAAGGCGGGUGGGCUGUCGAGUGGAAAGAGUACUCGGGGGCUGAGGAGGAGGGCCAUUGGUUCAAGGUGCCAGAUGAGGUUGAUGAUAUCUUUUCUUUUCUCGUCAGGGUCACCUCUGCCUAGGUAGUUCGACAUCAAGGCAUCGUAUUUCACAUAGACGAGUUUAGGAGUUCUUUAACAAAGCGGAAACCUGCAUCUCCAUCAACCCAGCCAGCGAUC